AUGUUUUAGCGAGGUACUAUUUUGGCAUAUCACCCCAUUAUGCAUCAAAAAUCAAAUUUCCCGUUAACAAAUAAAUCUCUAUUCUCAAAAUCAUGGGCACAUGCAUCUUCCCGGUUCGCGUGUCUGGAAUUCAAGUAUAAACUAUAUUUUAAAGUUUUCCCGCUGACUGAUGGGAAGUUGUCUACUUUUUUCCCUACCAAAGUCAACACCCUCAUUUAAAUCCAACAGUUCCUUUGCAGCCUAGUUAAGAGCACCACCUUUUUUUCCCCCUUAAUCUUCUUACUAUUUGGUUUCUCUCUUCCUUAAAAUCUAAAAAGUGAACUGGGUCUGUGAGUUUAACUCCAAAUUUAUGUUGAUCCUCUUGAUUAAGACUUUGAAUGCUAGAAAAAUCUAACUAGUGUGUAUUUUUAAGUUUUUUCUUUUGCAGUACCAAAUAUGAGUUUUAGGCUACUAAGUUGGUACUGUAAGCCUGCAGCUUAUGGGCUUUGGGGAAAAGUAGUAAAGAAUGCUUUUGGUUCUUACACACCUUGUGCAGUUGACUCCCUAGUGGUUUCUAUUUCUCAUUUGGUUCUUCUGGGCCUCUGUGUAUAUCGAAUAUGGCUAAUCAAGAGCAAGAAUUCGAAGGCACAGAGGUUUCUAUUGAGCUCAAAUUGCCACAAUUAUCUGUUGGGUUUUCUGGCUGCUUAUUCUACUGCUGAUCCAUUACUGAGGUUGUUAAAGGGUAUUUCACUCUUUAACCUGGCUGGCCACACUGGUUUUGCUCCCUUUGAGAUAAUAUCUUUGAUCGUUGAAUUUCUUGCUUGGGGUUCCAUUUUUGUAAUGAUUCGACUGGAAACUAAAGUUUACAUCCGGGAAUUUCGAUGGUAUGUGAGGUUUGGAGUCAUUUACGUGUUGGUAGCAGAUGCUGUGGUCCUCAAUCUUGUCCUUUCAGUUAAGGACUACUACAGUGGAUAUGCAAUACAUCUCUUCAUAGGAAAGGUUGUUUUCCAGGUGCUAUUUGGAGUUCUUCUGGCCAUAUAUCUUCCCAACUUGGAUCCUUAUCCUGGUUAUACUGUAAUUCAACCCAAGUCUCUUGACAAAGAAGAAUAUGAAGAACUACCUGAUGGAGAGCAAGUUUGUCCAGAGAGGCAGGUUAAUGUAAUUUCUAACAUAUAUUUUGGAUGGUUGAGUCCACUCAUGCAGAAAGGCUACAGAAAACCCCUCACUGAAAAGGAUGUCUGGCAGUUAGACACAUGGGAUCAAACUGAGACUCUAAUGAAAAAGUUCAAUAGAUGUUGGGCUGAAGAAUCUCAGAGGUCCAAACCAUGGCUUUUAAGAGCUCUUAAUAAUAGCAUUGGAGGAAGGUUUUGGAUUGCAGGCCUUUUCAAGAUUGUGUAUGAUCUAUUUCAGUUUGUGGGACCCAUUAUUUUGAGUCAGCUGCUUCAGUCAAUGCAAAGAGGGGAUCCAUCAUGGAUUGGUUACAUUUAUGCCUUCCUAAUUUUUGCUGGGGCGUCAGUAGGGGUGCUGAACGAAUCUCGAUUUUACCAGAAUGUUCAGCGUGUUGGUCUUUGGCUGAGAUCAACUUUGGUUGCUAGUAUUUUUAGGAAAUCAUUACGACUCACACAUGAGGGCCGCAAAAAUUUUCCAACCGGAAAAAUUACAAAUAUGAUUACUACAGAUGCUGCUUCACUCCAACAAAUAUGCCCACUACUUCAUGAGUUAUGGUCAGCUCCAUUUCGUAUUAUCAUAUCUAUGGUUCUCCUGUACCAGCAAUUGGGAGUUGCAUCUCUUUUCGGGGCUCUAGUACUAAUUCUCAUGGUACCCUUACAGACAGUUGUGCUUUCCAAAAUGCGAAAAGUAACAAAGGAAGGACUGCUAUGUACUGACAAGAGAGUUGGCCUCAUGAAUGAAAUUCUGGAAGCCAUGGAUAUUGUGAAAUUUUAUGCAUGGGAAGGUAGCUUCAAGUCUUGUAUUGAAAACAUACGGAAUGAAGAGAUAUCGUGGUUCCGUAAAGCUCAAUUACUAUCCAUUUUUAAUAGUUUUAUCUUAAACAGCGUCCCAGUAUUUGUGUCCUUGAUAUCAUUUGGAGUUUUCACAUUGUGCGGAGGAGAUUUGACACCUGCAAGGGCAUUCACAUCGCUUUCUCUAUUUCAAGUGCUCCGAUUGCCAUUGAUGAUGCUUCCUAAUCUAUUAAGUCAGAUUGUGAUUGCAAAUAUAUCAUUGCAACGCAUGGAGGGGCUACUUCUAGCUGAAGAGAUAAUUUUACAACCAAACCCACCUCUUCAACAAGAGCUUCCAGUCAUAUCAAUUAAGGACGGCUACUUUUCAUGGGAUGCUAAGGCAAAUAAGCAUACCUUAUCAAACAUUAAUUUAGAUAUUCCAGUAGGCAGCCUGGUCGCAAUAGUAGGUGGAACUGGAGAAGGGAAAACAUCACUCUUAUCAGCAAUGCUAGGGGAGAUACCAUCUGUGACCAGUGGAAGUGUUGUGAUAAGAGGGAGUGUUGCUUACGCUCCCCAAAUUUCAUGGAUUUUCAAUGCAUCUGUGCGUGAUAAUAUAUUAUUUGGAUCUAAAUUUGAACCUGCAAGGUAUUGGAAGGCUAUUGACGUAGCUGAGUUACAUCUUGAUCUUGAUUUGCUUCCAAGCCACGAUCUAACAGAGAUAGGUGAACGAGGAGUGAAUAUCAGUGGUGGACAAAAGCAAAGAAUUUCAAUAGCUAGAGCUGUAUAUUCCAAUGCAGAUGUAUACAUAUUUGAUGACCCUUUAAGUGCUCUAGAUGCUCAUGUUGCUAGACAGGUUUUUAACAAGUGUAUCAAGCAAGAGUUGCAAGGGAAAACCAGGUUAUUGGUCACAAACCAGCUACAUUUUCUUCCACAGGUGGAUAAAAUCGUUCUAGUCUCCGACAGUACCAUUACAGAGCAGGGAACCUAUGAGGAGCUGACAAAAAAUGGAAAGAUGUUUCAGAAACUAAUGGAAAAUGCAUGGAAAACUGGAAAAAAUGUAAAAGAAAAAGUGGACAAUGAAAGCUGUUUUCAGGAUAUACCAGUCCCAGCUCUUAAUGGAUUAUUUUCCGAUGCCAACAAUUCAACAAAAGAAAAUUUGGAGAAGGUUGUCCUAAUCAAGCAAGAGGAACGGGAGACUGGUGUUGUCAGUUGGAAUGUCUUGAUGAGGUACAAAAAUGCACUAGGAGGAUUGUGGGUGGUCAUGAUUGUCUUAAUUUUCUAUUCAUUGAUGGAAGUUCUUCGAGUUUCAAGUAGCGCAUGGCUAAGUUUAUGGACAGAUCAAAGCAGCUCAAGAAGAUACAAACCUGAAAUCUAUAUUUUCAUCUACGCACUAAUUUCAUUUGGCCAGGUGAUUAUGACGCUGGCAAACUCUUUUUGGCUGAUCAUAUGUAGUCUUCGUGCAGCCAAAAAAUUGCACAAUACCCUGUUACAUUCCAUAUUCAGAGCUCCAAUGAUUUUCUUCCACUCUAAUCCAACUGGACGAAUAAUCAAUAGGUUUUCAAAAGACGUAGGUAAUAUAGAUCGGAAUGUUGCAAGUCAUAUGAAUUCAUUUCUUGGUCAGUUGUGGCAGCUACUUUCAACUUUUGUGCUGAUAGGAAUUAUGAGCACAAUAUCCCUCUGGGCCAUCAUGCCACUUAUGAUCUUGUUCUAUAUGGCCUAUUUGUACUAUCAGAGCACAUCUCGUGAAGUGAAGCGCAUGGAUUCUAUUACAAGAUCUCCUGUUUAUGCUCAAUUUGGAGAAGCACAAAAUGGCUUGCCAACUAUUCGUGCAUACAAAGCAUAUGAUCGAAUAGCCAAUGUAAAUGGAAAGUCGAUGGACAACAAUAUAAGAUUCGCUCUAGUAGGCAUGUCUUCAACUAGCUGGCUCUACGUAAGAUUGGAAACAUUAGGAGGUAUAAUGAUUUGGUUGACAGCAAGCUUUGCUGUUUUGCAGAAUGGAAGAGCGGAAAACCAAGCAGAGUUUGCAUCAGUAAUGGGCCUACUUCUCAGCUAUACUCUAAAUAUCACAAACCUUCUUAGUAAUGUACUGAGAGUAGCGGGUAGAGCUGAAAAUACUUUAAAUGCCGUUGAGCGUGUUGGAACGUAUGUUGAUUUACAUCAAGAGGCUCCAGAUGUAAUUGAAAACAACCGACCCCCACCAAGAUGGCCCUCAUUAGGAUGUAUUAGUUUUGAGAAUGUUGUCCUACGUUAUAGACCUGGACUUCCUCCAGUUCUCCAUGGAUUGUCUUUUACAAUUUGUCCAAGUGAGAAGGUUGGAAUAGUUGGUAGAACUGGUGCUGGGAAAUCUAGCAUGCUUAAUGCACUAUUUCGAAUAGUUGAAAUGGAAGAAGGAAGAAUCUUGAUAGAUGGUUAUGACAUUUCUAAAUUUGGACUUACAGAUUUGCGAAAAGUCCUCAGCAUUAUACCACAAUCAGCUGUCAUUUUCUCAGGAACUGUACGGUUUAAUCUUGAUCCUUUCGGCGAGCAUGCUGAUAAUGCUCUUUGGGCAGCAUUAGAGAGAGCGCACCUUAAGAAUGUUAUCGAAAGGAAACCUUUUGGUUUGGAGGCAAAGGUUCUUGAAGGAGGAGAGAAUUUCAGUGUUGGACAAAGGCAAUUACUAAGUCUUGCUAGAGUAUUGUUACGAAGAUCAAAGAUACUUGUUCUUGAUGAAGCGACAUCAGCUGUUGAUGUCGAAACUGAUGCUCUUAUCCAGAAAACCAUUCGUGAAGAAUUCAAGUCUUGUACAAUGUUGAUUGUUGCUCACAGGUUAAACACAAUAAUCGACAGUGAUCGAAUACUUGUACUUGACGCUGGUCAGGUUCUUGAGUACAAUUCCCCAGAAGCAUUGUUGUCAAAUGAAGAAAGUGCAUUCUCAUGGAUGGUUCAAAGCACGGGGCCUGCAAAUGCUCAAUACUUACAUAGCUUAGCACCAAGAAACAAGCAAAACUAGAUGGGAAGAGAGAAAAACAAGCAACUAAAUAAACAAAUGUUGCAGCUUAGUAUGCGCAAGAUGUUUCUCCCGCUACUUCACAUAAUGAUCUUCAAUAGUUACAUAUUAGAUAUUGAACACAAACAAUGGUAAUCUCUUGAAAACAAAAGAUGUAAUCAUUACAGUAGCAAGAAGAUGUGGAGGGAACCUUGAAUAAGAUUACAAAGUAGUAUGAAGGUAAUCACUAAUUACGUCACAUAAACAUAAUUCAUGUGGUGGCAUAAGAUGUAUGAUGCACAUAAUUUGUGCUUUCAACUUUUAAAAUUAGUGACAAAGGCUAAUCAAUCUGAUUCUUUGCUAGUAA